AUGGGUUUGACAAAGAGAGACCUAGAAGAAAUUGGUGCUAUAGUGGAAGCAAAAACCAAAAAACUGCUUGAAGGCGAGUAUCUGCAAGGUGUUAUUGAAAGAGCGAUAAAAAAUGUGACUGAUAAAUACGACCGAAUGAUAUCAGAGUUACAUAUGGAAAUGGAAAUUUUGAAAAACUGUAACUCGCAAUUGAGCUCGGAGUUAGAUAAUCUCGAGCAGUACUCAAGGUUGAAAAAUCUACGCUUUUUUGGAGUUGCAGAAACUGAAAAUGAAUCAUUAAAUGCCACUAUUACGAGAAUUGUCGGAGAAAGAAUGCAGGUAAAAAACUUUAACGAGGCGAUGAUAAAAAAGUGUCAUCGUGUGCCAAACAAAAACACUGACACAAACAACGGAAAACCAUCCUGCGUUCUUGUGAGGUUCAGCGAUGUUGCCGCCCGUAACAAAGUCCUGGGGAAUCGGAGAUUUUUGAAGUCAAGCGGCAUCUCGGUGCAAGAAGAUCUGACUAAAAGGAGGGUGUUAUGGAUGAAAACAGCCCUGGAAAAUUUUUCACGAAAAGAAGUUUGGAGCUUCAAUGGAAACAUAUUUGUUAAAACUGAUAACAUAGUGCAUCGUAUAAAAGAUGAAAGCCACUUGAAAGAACUAUGUGGGAAUCAACAAGGUCCUCUGGCAAUGGGUGUUCCAGGAGAACUGAAGGGAUACUGGGCUGCGCAUAAGAAAUUUGGAAAGCUACCAUGGAAACAGCUAGUCGAGCCAUCAAUAGAACUCUGCGAACAGGGAUAUAACAUGAGCAACCACCAGUAUCAUUCUUUGAAAAUGAGAAGAAUCAAAGAAGAUCCGAAUUUCAGAAUAGUUUUUCUUUCAAGGGAAUGGUUCUUCAACGAAGAUGGAAGUCACAAGAAACCAGGAGAUAAUAUAAAACCACGAAUAUUGUGCGAAACUUUAAGAGUUAUAGCCACCAAUGGUGCUGACGAUUUUUACGAAGGACUCAUAUCAAAAAUAUUCCUUGAAGAUAUAAGAGGAGCUGGAGGCAUUCUUUCUGAUGGAGAUUUGAAAACAUAUCAGUAA